AUGGUUUCAGGGAUCACCAUGUUUGCAAGACUGUGUCCUUGUGCAGGAAACAGAAGCACCGACCAGGAGGACUGGGGCAGCAUGUGGUCCUCGCUCAGCUAUGUGGCUGACCCACAGAAGGCAGUCAUGGAUGGAGCUUAUAAAGGAAGGAGAGAGGCCCAUACACUGAGCUCAGAGGCAGGAGAGGAUGAGUUUGAAGUACUUGAGGAACACGGAGUGACCCCAGGAAGGAGCUGGGCCAUGAAGACAGAAUUAACUGAGUGGCAGCACUGGAUUAGGCCUGGGCAUCCAGAAACUGCCCGCAAGAAGUGGAGGCCAGUGGGAGACACACAAGUGUCUAUAAGGCGAGGUGACAGAGCUCUCCGAAGGAUGGAGAAGGGGCUGUGGCGGCUGGCCCAGUGGAAAAGUACCUCGACCAUGAUUCAUCAGGAGAAGACAACCCCCCGCCAGAAGAGAGGAACGCCGCUCUCAUGGCGUUACCCGCGGGUAGAACCAGAUGUCGCGGAAUGUCGUUGUGUGAGGCCACGCCUUGCGUACAUGCAUGUCGAGUUCCUGGAAACAUUUAAAGCAGGUGGAAAGAAAUUAAAACAUUUCUGGCUUGGCAAGGGGAUAGCACCUUUGUCACCACGUCAUGUCUCUGUACUCUACGUGCUGCACCUACACCCAGGACCGACGGUAACUGAGGCGGAGGGGAAAGGAGGGCCUGAGAUGGCAAGUCUGUCCUCCUCGGUGGUUCCUGUGUCCUUCAUUUCCACCCACGAGAGUCUGCUGGACACUGGAGUUGGUGGAGAAGGAGCCAGUGACAGGCAGAGGAGCAAACUGUCUUUAUCACACUCCAAGAUCCCAGCUGCUAAAAUCCACCCUGAGCUCUACUUACCAGCCUUCUUCUCUCUUGCUGGAACCUCCUCUGUACUCGACCAGCAGCCUUAGCACCACCUCACACUAUCUAUCAUCCACACUGCCGCAAGGCGAUUCUGCCAAAACAUAUCUCCUUAA